CUUUCAGGAGGCUGUCAGGAGUUGACAUGGACGCACUAAAACCACACAUUUUAAUAUAACAACUUACUGCUUUUUUUUCAAAAACAGUCGGCCGUCAUUUUUCGACGAAAAUGUUCGUCUUCUUGUUUUUGUCGGCGUUGUUGUUUUUCGGCAGCCCAACGCCGGCGGAGCUCGCAGUGACCGCUGGAAGCCCAACUGAGUCUUUAAAUGUCGACGACAGGAAGUUUUCUCACAGAAUCACCGAGAAGAAGGUGGAAGCGUCUCAUCCUCCAUCAGGUUCUAACUUCCAACUGAAGGUCCAGGUCACUGAAUUGCUGAGUCAUCAGUACCUGAGCCGGGCCAGAGUGGAUGUUUAUGUCAACUACACCAUCAGCAGCACAGCUCUCACUGGGCCGGAGGGUGGUGCUUUGCUCCAAGUGCCUUUCCAGACUGGAUUGCCCAUCACGGUUGUGGCCAGCAGGGACGGCUACGUCUGCACGGUGUUGCCAUACAGAAUCGUCAGGACGCCAAUAUUUUCCUCAGUGACCAUGCCACUGGUCGGCCUCACUCAAGGAAACAUCUGGCUGUUUGAAGACACUUUCCUGAUCACUGACAAAACAUCUGAUGCUUCAUUGAAUCCCAUUGUCCAGUUUCCCAAGAGCCUCCUGAACCUGACAGAGAGCAGCGACAUCACUUCUUUGCAAGCCUACUUGACGAUCCCCAGGUUCCCUUCAGAGGACGGCGACUUCCUCAGCACUUUGGGAAUCAUAAGCAGCCCAUCAGGAUAUAUCAGCAUGGAGUUGACUCCAGUGGCGGCCGUCAGUGUGCGACUCUUCUCCGGCGACACUGAAUUGCAUAUCAGCGGACCCAUAAAGAUCAGCCUAACUCUUCCUGACAGCUGUGGACUUCAGUCUUCCAAUGUAGUUCCAGCAUGGUUAUAUAACCACACUACUGGUGGAUGGAUGCGACAGGGAUUGGGGACUGUGGCGUCGAUAGAUGGGAAACUGAGGUGGACAUGGACCGCUCCUCAUCUUGGUUACUGGAUUGCUGCACCUGUGCCAACUAGUGGAGAUAUCUUUGGAACUGGCAUCCUGACUGACUUCUUCGUCCAUUACUCAACGUACCUGAUUGGUGUCCUGGGAGGAGUAUUUUGUAUUUUCGCCUGUCUAAUCGCUGGAUUGAUCAAAUUUCAGAGACGCUCUGCGAGGGAAACCAAGGCGAAGCAGAUCCUUCCACUGACGAGGAAAGACCAAUCCACCGCCACGUGCAACAGUGACGACGUCGAAGGGUCGUCUGGUGAUGUCACUCAAUCUCAGCAAGGCCUGAAAGAAUUAUUUACUGAAAUGAGUGAUAAUCAACGCAAUGUUACUCUUUCCAUCUAUAAUGCCAAUAUCAUAGCCAAUCCCGAUGCUUUGGCCGCGAGCGCCGAACCUAACGACCCGAUUCCUUCACGCACCGCAGAGAUGAUGAAGGUCCCGGCGUCCCUAGCAGACAAUUUAUUAUUUUACAACCAGCCUGUUGCCAUUCUUCACGCUUCAGCAUUUUUCCAAGUGGAUGAGCAAAUGGAGCAGCCCCGCUGGAAUAAGAGUGCCAUUCGGCCGCAGGCGGCGGAUUUUUGCUGUGAUUCCGAGGAAAAACAUCCGUCCAUCGUCUCCACCGCCAUGCAGAAGCACGAGGGAGAAACUAAAGUUGUCAAAUUGAGCGAUGCUCCGGUUCCAAUUUCCCCAAACAAAUCUCGGAGCCAGUGUGGUCUUCUGGAAUCCGCUUCAGUCCCAGAGACCUUGAGUAAGAUGAAGAGCAGCAGACACUCAAUGGACGCUGCGACGGAACUUUCCAGGAUGCCCUCGUCUCAACCGCCCCGGGCCUGGUUCGUGACCCUGGAGGGCAAACCUGCGGCCGAGAUCCAUUACGCCGUGGCGGAGCAGCAGAGGAGGCGGAGAGCGGCGGAAAGCCAAGAGACUAGUUUGGAUUCGGGGGUGGAUAUGAUCGAGGUGAACCAGACGCCCGGAAGGAGGUCUGUCACUCUGGAGCGGAACGCCACUUUUGUGAAGAGGACAUCCAGCAGCAAACACACCACGUCACAGUGAAACAAGAAGACGUAGAAAUGUUCUCUCACGGUGAAUCGGCGGUUUAUUAGUGCAGUCGAACCUGUUUCGUCGAGCUACAGUGGAACCUCGAUUCACAAAGCCCUUUAUUUGCGAACAUUUCGAUUUGCAAACUUUUAGAUGGUGCCAAAUAUGCCUCUGCAUACGAACGUUUAAUUCAGUCAUUCAUUUUGUGUCGCGCCCGCAGGCAAAAAGCAGGGCGCAGCAUCGUUAAGGAGGCGACUUGCUGCUCUCCUAAGCUGUGUCCCAAUUCAGGGUCUGCAUCCUUCGGAGGACCCGGCCUACGCAGCCUCAGAAGGCUGGACCUUUUGGAGGCCAUGAAGGAUAGUCGCGGUGCAUCCUCCGAAUACAGGGAAAAGGAGGGCGUGUUCGUCGGCUGCAUUUGGAGCAGCCUUCGAAUUUGAAUGAAUUAGGACAGCCUUCGCACAGCGUUGUGAGCUAGGGUUGCAAAAUUCCGGGAAUAUUCAAAGUUGGAAACUUUCCAUGGGAAUUAACGGGAAUAUAUGGGAAUUAAUGAUAAUUAAUGGGAAAUUAAUGGGUAUAAACAUUGAAUGCAACAUGCUAGAUCUUGCAGCAUGAUUAUUAGCUAAAACAACCUGAUUUAAUGCAAAUUUUGUAGAAUUUCAACCCUGCACUGUGCAUUCCUCCAUCACAUGUGCAGUGCAUUCUUCCAUCACAUGCACAGAUAAUUCCCAGCAUGCUACACACCACAGCAGAGCUAUUGAGGCCACACUAGUAUUUGAGCCCAAGGACUUCAUCCAGUCGGGUAAGUUUUGAUGAUAUUACUGGGGUAAAUAUAUUUGAUCUAUGGUAUUUAAGUUUAAUAGAGGUGUAAUUGCUUGGUACUGUAUGACUGUAGACUAUUUCAGCAGACUUCCACUCAAGCUAGCUAGCUGUUCCUGUACGUGUUAAAUGAUUUUGGCGGCCAAUAUCGCAAGCUCGCUAGGUUUACACUACCGUUCAAAAGUUUGGGGUCACCCAAACAAUUUUG